CGAUUCUAGUCGCCUGGUACUCGUAACGUUCUCGGGUGAUGACUCGCGUUUAUUCGCCCGACGUCGGAGCUUAUAGCUUACACUCCUGUACAUUAUAAUAUACCUAUAGGUAUACCUACGCGAAGUCGUGUUCGUCGAGCUUUGCAGAUAAUUUCUUUUCAUCUUGAAGGAGCUAAAUACUAAGUAUAGGUGCAGUAGGUGAGAUGUGGGGCUGCAAGCACACUAUACUUCUACAUCAGUCAAUUCUUUAAAUCAUAUGACUUACUGAUAACUUUAUCGGUUUAUGUAGCGGCGCGAGGCAUAGCUCAGAGCCGCGACAACCGUCUCAUGUACUCCUGUUCGCUGUGCGAUGUAACAAUAUUAAAGCCCAACUGGCCUACAGAAGCCGAAGUUUUGAAAGUUUUGCCCGAAUAUGACGCUCUUCUGGGAAAGCUCCAUAUCGACACAGAUUUUCUCAACGCUGCGGGAAGCAAGCUGAAGAUAAUCUCGACACCGUCGGCCGGCUAUGACCACAUGAACAUCCAGGAAAUAAAGAAGCGCGGCAUCAAAGUCGGACAUGCGCCGAAGGUCUUGUCGGGAGCAGUCGCCGAAACCGCGGUUUUCCUGCUAUUGGGUGCAGCCAGGCGCGCUCAUGAGGGUCGACUGCUACUAGAACAAGGAAAAGUCGAAAAUGGAUUCCAGUGGCUGUUGGGCCACGAUUUGCGCAACAAAACCGUUGGAAUCGUUGGUCUCGGCAACAUUGGCGAGGAAAUCGUCAAGAGACUGAAGCCCUUCGAGAUUAAAAAGUUCUUCUACACCGGUCAUUCAAGGAAGAAAGCCGGUGAUGAUCUUGGUGCUGAAUUUGUAAACCUGGACACCCUCUUGAAGGAGAGCGACUUUGUGAUUUCUUGCGUGCCUCUGACUCCGGAAACCGACAAAAUGUUCAGCGAUGAUGCUUUCAAGAAAAUGAGAAAGACUUCCGUCUUCGUGAACAUCGGGAGAGGUAAAACCGUCGAUACAGAUGCUCUCGUUAGGGCAUUGAAAAACCAGACGAUCUUCGCCGCUGGUCUCGAUGUCACCGAGCCAGAACCACUUCCCGUCGGCCACGAACUCUUGAAACUUCCCAACGCCGUGAUCAUCCCACACAUGGGCAGUCAAACUGUGGAAACCCGAAACGACAUGGCGCUCGCGGCCGCUCAAAAUAUACUUAACGGUCUCGAGGGCAAGACUUUGCUGUACGAGCUGUGAUUAACUAUAUUUUGAGAUUAUCCAUCAAACUUUUGUAUUUACAGAGAGCCAUGGUCAGAGCACAAUGCGCUUACUUUUUGCUACAAGUAUAUCCGUAAUAUUUUUCUAAAUUCUUUCCAUUAAUAUCAAUUAUCAUGUGUAUGCAAAAUUUAUAAAGCAAAAAAAAACGUUAAAUAUAUCAUAUGUUUUUAAAAAUAA